CAGGAAGAGAUAGUGUUAGAAUACGAGAGCCCGAGACUGGAAAGGUCGAGCAAUCCUGGUGCGAAGCCGAAUAAGAGAGUUCCUGACGACAUAGGACGAGACGACAAGACUCAGCAUACCAACAGGAUCCAUUGUAUCAAGAUCUUAGUUUGGACGAGUUACGUCUACAUCCCGCUGCGCCCUAUCAGUCAAUACCAGCAUCAACACCCGUACCCGCAUUCGCGCACGCCUAUGCAGAACCAAAACCCUGGCUCGGAAUCACACCUCUCAAACGGGAAUAAAGGCUCCCCAGUGACGACCACGUCCGCGCUCGCUGGUCCUUCUUUCGGGCCGUCACUGUCGGGCUCGUUGGAGGCAACAACUAAAGCGAAUCCGAUGGAUAUACCGAUGGCUAGCCCAUCUGACGGCGCUCAAAGCCAACCGCAAAUACAAUCUCAGUCACAAUCUCAUUCCCCUACGUCUCCUCUCUUCCGGUCCCUUACUCCUACUCAGGCCUCGACAUCAGCCGUAGUUACAUCCGGUACUCCGAAUUCGGCCCUAGCUACGGCUACGGUCCCAUCAACGGCUCAUCAGGUUCCACUCUCUACGAUGGAAGCGGGCACGAGUUUCGCUCAACACGUCUUGAACGCCGCACAGAGGAAACAGAAUAUCGCCUGCGAUGGAUGUCGGAGUAGAAAGGUCAAAUGCGUGCGGCAGCCAGGAUCGGAACGCUGCGACCAUUGUCGAGCGAAAAAGACGCCUUGCACAUCACACUAUGUUACCUCCCUCUCGUCUUCGCGGAGGAAGACAACCGGAAGUGGAACCAAUAGCACUUCAAAUGUCGCCAGUAGCAGCGCGAACGGCAACGGAGGAUCUGGUGGUGGCGAAUCAGGGAGGGCCAGCUCGGACGAUCUCCCCGUCGCCUCUGGUUCAGGAUGUGGCUCUGCGUCCAUAUCGAACGGCGGCAUGGCCGGCGAAGGGAGCAAAAGCCAGGUGGACGAGGAUGGAGACGGGACCGACAAGAAGCGUGUAAAACGGCGGAAACCUAGCCCGUCCGAUCAGACCCUCUCUUACUCGCAAGCACCCGAACUUGGGCUUACCUCGGACGAUUUUUCCAAAGCAUCUCAGACAGACAGACUCACCUCGCUACUCGCCUACCUGUUUUCCCCUCAUCCGGUCGUCGGUCUUACGGGCAAGUGGAGGGAUCCGACUCGGACAGAGAUGACAGAUGGGAUGCCUUAUUCGCCAACUUUCUGGGAUCGGCCGAGUAAGGCGCACUUGAAGUUGAAUUCGGACGAAGCCAGAAGAGACCUCGCGAGCGAUCUCGUCGAGACCUACUUUCAGAUCGUGCACAUCCGCCUGCCUCUGCUCGACCCGAGCCUCUUUCGACGACGUUUCCACGACCCGGAUGGACCGGACGGUCCACCGUUCUGGCCCAUCCUCGCCUGUGUACUCGCAUGGGGCGCCAAGUUCUCGGAACACGGCAUUAUCGCCAAGGAUCGGGAAGAAUGUUCUGUCGGGUUGCAGGGGGAGCGAAAGCGGAGUCGAUUGAUACAGAUGGUCGCUGUCAGGGCUCAAUCGGUGGCAGAAAUCUGCAAGGUAUACCGGGUACCCAGUUUGGAGAACGUGCAGGCUUGUCUGAUGCUCAAUGUGCUUGAGGGAGGGAACAUCAAUGUACCGAAUGACUAUGUCGGAAUGUGGGGCAAGGUCGCUUGCACCCACUUGGUCAAUUUACGCUAUCACAAACGAGAGGUCUUGCAGUCGAUGGAAUCGAAACGGAGAGCGUCCGUCGCGUUCACGUUCUGGAUGACGUGCUGGGCCGAUGGAGCCUCUGCCGCUUUCUACGGGUACAAGCCGCAGCUGCUCGAAGGGGAUUGGGAUGUCGAGCCACAGCAAGCGUGGAGUGCGGCUUCGGAAAGCAGCCUCAAUCCGAUGUCUAGGCUGGAGGAUUUCCUGCUCUGGAGCGAUUCGAACACGGGCUUGUGCCGGGUGUCACGCAGCAUGGCGACGUAUCUGUGGCAACCGGGCAACGAGACACAGGGUAUUCCAUUGAACAAGAUAAAGCAGACGGUACAACUGUUGACGAAUUGGAGGGACGAAUAUCUCACAAGGGUCGGGGUACCGACCGUCUGGCCUGAGACGUGGAACUUUAUCGCCGCCGUGACAGCAUGCACCGAGGAUGCCGACUAUCACAUCCACUGGACAUGUCUCGCCGGUGCCAUAAAGAAGUGUGGAAUCAAAGAAUUGAAGCGCACCGGAGAAGCUCCGCUGUUAAGAGACGAAGCCGAAGACAUCAAGGCCAGGAUUGAGCACGAAGCCUUGCACGGAGCGCUACGGAUAUCUGCGUUGGCAGGGGUCCUGACUCAGAACAGCUACCUUCGACUCGAUCCCAAUGUACUGUUUCCCGCCCUCUAUCGAAGCGGCGUCUAUCUAGCCGAAGCCGGCCGGAUCGAGUGCAUGUCGUGCAUCGCCGGCCUCCGACAAUACGGCCUCUGCUUUGAAGAAGCUUUCGACCGGGCAGAUGAACUCGCAGUUGUCUACCAACGCGCAUCAAAUCCCACGCUAGCUCCGACCGGUCCAUCAAUUUCGGCGGCUGCAACUCAAACCCUAGGCAUGCCCGCAGGCGCAAGACAUGCACCCAAAAGCCAUCAAUCCACGUACCCUUUUCCACCGAGUCUUGCUCAGAUGACUCUGCCGGCGAGCAAUGACUUUGGGUACGGUGUGCCUCCGGAUCUCGGCAACGGAGCGGUCUCGCAAGAGUUUUACGGGCUGGCCGAUCAGCACGGCAUGAAUCAGAUGUUUUACAACGAGCGAUGACAUCUCGAUAUUGUUUGAUAGGCGAUACAGUAGCUGCAACAAUAAUCACAUGCUCCUAGUUCGACAGCGUGAACCCAACGCGUUCACUAAUCCGAUGUCCAUCUCUUCUUGUCGAGGGCGGUAAACCAAAGAACGGCGCCCCAUGCCACGGCCAUGCCGCCCAGUAGGCUGACGAUGAUCGGCUGGAGGACCCUAAUGCCAAAUGCCUGAGAAAGGGCACCAGUGGCG